AUGAAAAUAUUUAGUAUUGCCAUUUCCUUCGCGUUUCUCGGUGCAUCGUACUGUGUGGGUGGUAACCCUCUUGAUGAGAAUGAAACUGGUGGUGCUCUCAAAGAUGGCAUAUGUUCUGUUGUUCGUGGUGUAAAGGCCUGCCCUCUCGCCAAUCCGCUUUCCUGUGCAUAUGAGACCAUUACAACUGAGAAGCCUGGUGUUCUUAGUAAAUAUUGA